AUGGCCACUUCUGAGCUCAGUAGCCCGGCACGAACUGAAGCUAUCCAUGCUGGUGUAUUCAAUCGGAACUCGAUCUCUCGAUCUCUAGUGAAGCGAAAGUCGUCGCUGUUGGGACAACAAAAAAGGCUUCUUUCGAUCGCCCAACAACAGACUGCUGAGUCGGUGACCAACGAUGCUCAGUUGGAAUCAGAGAUGACGAAGAUUGGUCGCGCCAACACACCUUCAGAGAAAAUGGCUGACUUUAAUCCCUUCAAUGACGUCAGCACUCCGAAAGUUAUAAGUGAGCAAGGCGCCAGCGGGCCAGUGAAGAGUGCCUUAGAAUCAUCACCGCCGUUUCUGACUCACAUGAUUCCGAGUGUGGGGAUCGUUAGAACUCAGCGCAUGCGUGUGUUCACGUGUAUGCAUAUGGGUAUUCUUUUUAGUAAAACCGGAUGGCGAACUGUCCGAUAA